UCAAGAGAAAACAUAGAAAAACAGAAAAAGGAGAAAGAGACGGGGAGGCAGAAUAAGAGAAAUCCGCUCCGCCUUGCUCGGCUACGCUCCGCUCCCGCGACGUGUCCAUCUCGCUGUUUUUCUGUCGUUUUUUUCGUCGCUGCCCGCGCGAGCGCGUAUCUCUCGUAUCGCGGGGAUCGGUACGCGAUCGGUUCACCACCGCACGCAUUAUUCCCGGCAGGAUUGGCUCGUGAUCCGCCCCGUUACGCACCGAUCCGCUCGGCUCCGCGUGCCGUGUCUGAUGAUCGAAGAGGUGGUAGAUGUCGGUGAUUAUGCGCGCAGUAAUGAGUAAUCCCGUAAAGCCCGUUGGGAUCGCAGCAGCCGCCAUCGUCGCAGUGUUUCACGAGCGUCAUGUAAUUUGGAAUUAAACAAUGUUGUUAAGACAUAAACAUGUUCUGGCUACACUGUGGACUCUUUGUUCUCGUGAUUGCCGUACCUGGAUUUAUUAGCAGCUUAGCCGACACUACAUCUAAGCGAGAAGCCGACUACACUUUAGAUGAUUCCUUUUGGAAUGAGGAUACUCCCAUUGGUGAGGCCGAACGACUACUACGCGAAUAUCGACAAAACCAAGAGCUAGUAUCGAAUAUCGGUGGCAAUUUCUAUCAGAUCAUCUAUCCGGUACAGCUACGGCAUCACGAGAAAAUGGGGAUAUCCACAAGAGAAGUCGGCGUGUCGAAGUUUCCCCAAAGAGGUUACGGAGAUGGAGGAUAUCAAAAUUCUAGAAGCAGAGGGAGAACAGGGAGACAUUUUCACCGGACGUCCCUUCUGAUCAAGGCCUUUAAUCACAAAUUUCGCCUAGAUUUAGAAUUAAAUACGCAACUUUUAGCUCCAAAUCUUAUGCAGAAAGACUUUUUAACCGGCAAUGCGGAACAAACGUCUAAACAGGAGAUAGAACAUUGCUAUUAUCAUGGUACUGUCAGAGACUAUCCGGGAGCUAGUGCUGCUUUUCACACGUGUAACGGUGUAAGCGGUGUCAUUCAUUUAGGCAACGAGACUUUCGUCAUUCAUCCAUUCUACGGCGGCGAUUUGUCGCAGAAACAUCCUCACAUUAUAUUUGAAGCCCGAACAAAAGCUAACAAAGGCUGCGCUAAUUCGGCAAAUAAUGAGAGACGUGUAAAAAGCCGCCGGCAGAAGCACAUCCUUGGAUUACCAAAGACCACUUCCGAUCGAUACAAAAGAGACGUCCGUGAAGCAACCAAAUACAUCGAAACUGCCAUCAUUAUCGAUAAGGCUAUGUUUGACAAAAGAAACGGUAGCACCAGAGCCGAGGUUGUUCACGAUGCCAUCCAAGUCGCUAAUAUCGCAGAUUUGUAUUUCCGUACAUUAAAUACUAGAGUCUCCGUCGUAUACAUCGAAACUUGGAAGGGCAGCAACCAGGCGGACAUCGAUAAAGGCAUCGACAUCGAUCUCGCCUUGAUAAAUUUGAACGAUUAUACGAUGCGGAGAAUGUAUCAACUUGCUCAGGAUACCACCCAAUUGCUCACGGGUGAGACAUUCUCAGGUGGAGAAUCAGGGGUGGCUGUACCCGCGACCGUGUGCAGCCAAAAAUCCGUAGGAAUCAGCGUCGAUCUAAACACAUACGAGCCUCAUCUUUUAGCUGGUACCAUGGCUCACAUGAUCGGUCACAAUAUCGGCAUGAGCCACGACGAUGGAAGAAACGACUGCAAUUGCCGCGAUUGGCACGGAUGUAUUAUGGCUCAAUCCAUCGUCGGCCUAGAAAACGUUCAGCCGUACAAGUUUUCGGAGUGUAGCAAAUCUGAUUAUAUAGAAGCCUUGAAGUCCGGCCACGGCUACUGCCUUUUUAACAAACCAAACGAGUUGGAGAUUAGGAGAUGCGGAAACAGGGUAAUCGACGAAGGAGAAGAAUGCGACUGCGGAACGCUCGAUGAAUGCCACGAGCUCGACCCCUGUUGCGAUCCUAUCACCUGCAAACUGAGAACGGAGGCUGAAUGUGCAACUGGCCCUUGUUGCAGCGAUUGUAAGCUCCGAGUACGUGGGGUGGUUUGUCGCGAAUCGACGAAUGAGUGCGAUUUACCGGAAGUGUGUACUGGCGACAGCGGUCAAUGUCCGCCGGAUGUCUACAAAAAAAACGGCAACCCAUGCUCAAAUAUUGCUGGAUACUGCUUCAACGGAGUGUGUCCGGCUCUAGAUCUGCAAUGUGAACAAGUUUGGGGUUACGGCGGAAUCGCUGCUGAUAAACAAUGCUUCGAGCAAUUCAAUUCUAAGGGGUCCAUCAACGGACACUGCGGUACCGAUAGCAGCGGUCAUUUUAUCAAGUGCGAGGCGGAAAAUGUUCAUUGCGGAUCCCUUCAGUGUCAGCAAGGAAGCAAGCAGCCGGUAAUUGAUGGAAUGAAAGACUAUUAUUCUAGAACUAUAAUUUCCAUCAAAAGCCAGGAGUAUGAAUGCAAAGCUACGACUGGAAAGGUGGAAGGAUCCGAUAUGCCAGGAUGGGGAUUAGUUCGUGACGGCACAUCCUGCGGUGAUAAUUUGAUAUGCGUGAAUCAAACUUGCACUAGUUUGUUUCCACACAUCGAUCAAGGAAAAUGUCCCAGCAAUCACGACAACAGUGAAUGUUCAGGCAAUGGCGUUUGUACAAACGUCAACAAGUGUUACUGCUUUCCGGGUUGGAGCGGGCCUGACUGUUCCAUAGAGCAAUAUAUUCCAACGAUGUCGCCGACAACUUCCAGCCCUGAAGUAGUCGGUAAAGCUGAUCCUAAACUGGAGAAGAAAGAGACCCCCUACGAGAACUACCACGGCUCUAACACUGUAUUUUUAGUUGGUAUGCUCAUGUCGGUGGUAGGGGGUGUUUUCGUAGUAUUUGCUCUGAUGGCUCUCUGCUACAGGUCAGUCGUAGUACAUAAAAACUUCUCCCUCUGUCUCAGAAGGAAGAGCACCGUCCAGAAAUACGAUCUGCCAUACUCGAAGAAGCCGCCGCAGAAAAGCUACAGCGGUGUUUCCGGUAAUCAUCAUGCGGAAGCUGCAGCCUUGGAAACCGUCAACAAGAUCCUCACCUUCGGCAGAAUGCCUCAAUACAGCCGCGGCGAGACCCAGCGCGUGCUGUUUCGACCCCCGAAUAACGUCGCCGCCACCGACGGGCCAAGACUCAAGGAUAAACCGCAACCGAAGAGGCACGGCGUGGAGGAGGAAGAUGGAGGUACGGGAGCAGAGGAGGUUGUCUCUUUCAUUGAUCUCCCACCAAACAAUCUCACAAAGUUGCCUGAGAAGGGAAUUUUAAAGAAACACGGUGGUUACGGACUAGGUGCAGGCGCAAUUGAGCACGUGGAGAGAACUCUGAAUCAGCUAAACGGCUACCAUGAGGAUAUACUCGAGGUACUGAAGAACGCAGCAAGUCGUCGCGAUCUCGCAGGCACCCCGUCUGGUAGCAGCAAUCUCUUGGACGACGAUGUCCUACGCAAGUCGCUUGCAGAGGUUGGUUGGCACCCCGACGUAUACCAUAAGGACACUGAUGGUCAGGACAAUGGCAUCGACAAUGGACAGGAGGACGAGGAGGAGGAUGUGGAACUGCAACCCCCGUGCGGCACCAUUCGUAUACGUACUCUCGAAGAUCUUAUUCGCCAGCUGGAACAUCGAGCAACUGCGAGACCUUACCUGCCUGGCCAGAUGAGUCCGAGUGGUUCCGAGGAGAUUCGAAUGUCCGAGGGUGAACCGGACCGACACUACAGAAUCGAUUCUUCUGUUUGUAGCGAGUCAUCUCAAGGAAGCAGAAGAUGUAGCCGCGGCCGCGACGAGGAUGCUAGUAGAUUCGUCUACGGUAGAUAUCGUCAGCCAACGUCCCGAAGUCCUUACGGCAAUCAUCAACACACUCAUCAACACUCCCAUCAAAUACACCCUGAGGACGAGGGUAUCUAUGAAACUGCCGAUCCUGACAGAGGCUCAAAUACUAGGGGUGAAACACCCGAUUGUGAAAGUGAUGCAUUUAUUCAAGCUCAACAACAAGUAGCCCGGUGGACUAGUGAGGACGGAGGAGGAGUGCAGCACCGGCCGCCGCAGCAGCCACCUCCACCACCUGCAAUGCAGUUGCCGGUGCAGCAACAGGCACAGCAGCAGCAGCAGCAGUCGCAGCAGCAACCGCAGCAGCUGCAGCAGCAACAGCAACACCAACUGCCGGUGGAACAACUGCCAAUCAAGCAGCGUGGCUAUUAUCCAUCCCCCCCGACCGAAAAUAGUCUCGACGUUGGCAACAACGCCGAGGCCGAAUCUGCUCAAUCCCAGCAACAACAGCAAACGCUAAGCGACGUUCGUGGAAUCGAUGUUAAUCACUUGCCUAAUAUUAAAAAAUGCCCACUAGACGAUAACUUUAGUCUAGACUGUAAUAUAAUGAAUAAUGGCUCCCCCAAAGAAUUAACUACCAACAACAAUAGUGAUAACGAAAAUACUGCCCUACUGCCCCCCACGCAUUUUCCUGAGUACAAGCAUUGAUAAUUAAUUAAUCGAUGACAGAUAGUGUCCGAGGAAAAAAAGAGGAAAAGGGAAAAGUCGUAAUAAUAAUAAUUAUUAUAAUAAUAAUAAAACAUAGUGAUGUGACAAUGAUGAUGACGAUGACCCAUGAUGAUUUAAUCUCGAACUCGCAUUUUAUACCGAAUAGUGUAAAUAACGAUAAACUGUAAUUGCGACGAUUAUAACAACAACAUGUAUUAAAUUACAAUAAAUUCAAAUAAUCUAUA